AUGGCUACCUCAAGCGUCUUCUCCGCUCGGCGUCGCACGUCGCCCGGUGACUCUGACGACACCGAUAUGAGCUUCCCUCGCUGCGCACCCGGAAGACGUAUUCCCAGCUCGGAAUGGGAGAAGAUACGCCCAGUAAUCACGAAGCUCUACCAGGAAGAGAAGCGCCCGCUCAAAGAGGUCAUGGAAGUCCUCGAGCGUGAGCAUGGCUUCACUGCAACUGUCAAGAUGUACAAAUCGAGGAUUUGGAAGUGGGGUCUUGAUAAGAAGCUCAAGAGUGAUGAGGUUCUCGCCAUUCUUAUCCUGAGGACCGAGCGUGAGGCGCAGGGAAAGAUAUCAGAGUUCACUAUUCGUGGCCAACCAGUCGAUCUGGAUAACAUAAACAGAUACAUCCGGCGGAAUCCAGGCCUUGUGGCGCGCUUCAGAGCGGGUGUUGUGCCCAGCAUCCAGACGACUCUCGAGGUCCAAUGUCGAACACCAUCACCAACACCGAGUCGUCACUCGUUGCCACCACCGAAGGAGAUUUCCAACGUCGAACAGGUUCUCAAUCUAUUCAGGGAUUACUUCGAUACCUCUUUCACCAACGGAAUAUGGAACCAUGAAUAUAACGGUGACUGUGUCAGCCUAAGGCCUGGCGACCGAAGCGUUGAGCUGUUUGAACGUGUGGUCGCCAGCUUUGGUCUUGUCAACAGGUCAAUGAUGAGAAAAGACGAGAUCUCAAUAAGCACUCUCCUCACUCCAGCAUUUGAGUCGCUCAAGGAGAUAAUCGCCUCCGAGAGCCCAGUCUUCGCAGUACGCACAGCUUUCCUCUUGUGGUAUCUCCGUCGCUUUCACAAGGAAGACCUUCUUCACAUUGUCAUGAACUACCUCGCUGGCUUGGUACCUAUUGUACUGGGUCACGAUCACCCGGUGACACGAAUCUGGAAAAUUAUUGGGUCUCAGGACUUCUCCGAUCAUUAUGAACUCUCCACAAGGCUUUACUCUUCUCUCGUACCUCUCUUUGAGGAGCGAAUUGGGUUCGCCAACUCCCUGACCACAAUUUUGUACUGCGAUCACAUCGAUUGCCUUGUCCAUCAUGGCCAAACAGCAGAGUCACUUAGUGUCGCUACACAAUACAGAACACGGGCAGAAGCCACGCAAUUACGACAUCCUUGGCUCCGCGAACUUGCAAUCUUACAAACAGGCAUCAUGUGCAAUGCGAAAACAGCCGAGGGCAAGAUAGAAGAGGCAAUGCAGUGUCUUCAAACACUAAAAGAUUGGGACCUGAACGAAGAACAACAAGCCGGUAUGAACAUUCAACUCGGCAACUACGGCUAUCAAAUGGGCGACUUCUCCUUGGCAAUCAAUUGCUUCCGCGAAGCAUCUCGCCUCAUAACCGCCAGCCAAGGCGACGAGAGGAUCCAUCUCACAUGUCUCGCAAACCUCGAGUCUGCACUGCGCAAAAGCGGAGAGGCCGACGAGGCAGCCCAGGUGCAUGAGCUACGACUCACACGAUUAUCAGACUUUGCCAGGGAGACUGGCACCUUUGCAAAUCUGCCUGAAUCCUGCGCUGCGGCCGUGAGCCCGGGGGGUAUUUACAGCUGGGAAGCUCAGCAAGUGUCUGAUUGGCACUGGAGUGAGGAUGGGCACGGUAGUGCGAUGCCUCCCUUGGGAUUGACAUGA